AUGGCGGAGCUCACGGUGUGCUCGUUCCUCAGCAAGGUGCUGUGCGCGCACGGCGGCCGCAUGUUCCUGCACGACCUGCGCCGCCACGUGGAGCUGUCGGAGGCGAAGCUGUGGGCGGUGCUGCGGCGGGCCGGGCCCGGGCGCUUCCUGCUGCACGAGGUGGAGAUGCACGAGGGCCCGUGGGACGCCGAGGCCGAGGUGGCGGCGGGCGCGGGCGGCGGCGGCGGCGGCGGCGGCGGCGGAGGAGGAGCCUCGGCCUGGAGGGUGGUGGCCGUGACCUCGGCGCGCCUCUGCGCAGCCUACCAGCGCGGCGAGUGCCAGGCCUGCGACCAGCUGCACUUCUGUCGCCGCCACAUGCAGGGCAAGUGCCCCAACCGCGACUGCUGGUCUACCUGUACCCUUUCCCAUGACAUUCACACACCUGUCAACACCCAAGUCCUGAAAAACCAUGGGCUUUUUGGCCUCAAUGAAGCCCAGCUUCGGAUCCUGCUUUUGCAGAAUGACCCCUGCCUUUUACCAGAGGUCUGUUUGCUGUACAACAGAGGAGGUGAUCCCCUCUACGGUUACUGCAACAUGAAAGAGGCAUGCACCAAGUUCCAUGUGUGCAAGUCCUUUGUCAGGGGAGAGUGUGUACUUCAGACCUGCAAGCGGUCCCACCAGCUCAUUCAUGCUGCAAACCUGAAGCUGCUGGAAGACCAGGAACUGAGCGUCACAAGUGUCGUGAACUUCCAGAUCAUCUCUGCCUACAAGCAUAUGAAGCUGCACUCGGUGGAGCUUGAAAACAAAGACAACUCUACUUCUACUGAGCGUUCACAGGGCCUUGACAAACAAGGAGCUGGGGCUGCCCAAGCCAGGCCUCUGGUCCCUGCCCCUGCCCACUCGACCAGGAAACCAUGCCCAGGGAAACCUUAAAGGGCACCAGAGAAGUAAGAAGCCUGUUCAUCAUCUUGGACGAUCUGAAAGCCAGACCUCGGCUGCACUAUGGUUUGAGUCAGCUAAUAACACUCAUCACAGUGACGCCUACCUCGCAGCUGAUUGUAAGGACUGAAGAUGGAAAAGAAGAAAACGUCGGAUCAGAAGGACCAAGUUGGAGCCGCGGAGCAGGCAGGGUCAAGGUGGUCAGUUUCGAGCCGAUUCUCCAGACACGACUUCUGCCUGCGGCUGCUGAGCGCCUUCCCCAAGCCGGGAGUUGGAGCUUCAAGGGCGUUUUCUGCUCCAGUAUGUCUGAGUCCAGCCAGUGUUGCUCCGUAUCCAUCCAGCAGGGCUUGUGUCGUCCUCACAGAGUAUGUACGCUUUGUUUCUGUGGUUUAUUGACACCUCUCCAUUUCUGUUCACAUACAGCAUGCGUGACGUCUCUGCAAAGGUCCAUCAGUAUGUCAUAGUUUAACUACCUCCCUUACUCUAGAAUAUUUCAGUUCAGCAAUCUUUAAAUAUCCCUUUUUUUCACAUUUGUAAGUUACAUUAUUAGUUGUAGUGCCUUGCUUUCAGCUCAAGAUAAAUAUCCCUUUUCUUCUAUAUAAACUCUGAGCAGUAUUGAGUAUAAAAAGCCAUUGUUCUGCUUAUAGGUGCUAAACAAAUAAUGUUUUUUGAUAUACCUUUCAACCUUCUGGGUGAAGAAUUUUCUGUGUCCUUGUUUUUAUAUAUCCAGACUCGUCCUUUGUUUCUGUGGCCCUCCUCUGCUGGUGUGGGGUGGCCUUUAAUGAGGCGCCUUUAUUUUCAUAGAAUAAUGCCAACCAUAUUGUCCUCAUAAGGUUCAGGUUUCAUGGGUCCGUCCUCAGACAACACCGCAGAGAGUUCUACCUCACCCUGUCUGCUUUCUGCCUUUUCAUGAGCCUAUCAAAACUGCUGCAGCUCGAGGGGUGCCUAGCUCGUCCCUUCCUCUAGACUGAAUCCGCUCUCUCUGUGAGUGGGGUAGGCCCUCAGAAAUCUAUAUACCUUGCCCACUCCAUACAAACCUCCCUUUUCUCUUCUCCUUUUGCACCCAUCCCCAGCUGUCUUCAGUGAGUUACGUGUAAAUGCUUUCUUUUUUGUUUUCAUCAAGGUGCAUCACAAAGAGGCAGUCAUAGGAAAUCCUUUGUGCGUUUGGAUAGAAUUUUUUUUUUAAUUUACUUGUCCUGCAAUAACAUGAUGUUUGAGAAAGAGGAUAUAUUGUGUGUUUUCAUAAAGCUACAUUUUUUGGGGGGGGGCUUGUUUGUUUCUUUUUUUU